AUGGCACCAAAUUACGGUAGAAGCGAAACUUUUCAGACUCUGAGCAAUCCGACUGGCUUCCCCAAAUUUCCGGAAGAUACUCCCAUGUCACAGGAGUUUCAAGUUUCAGUUAUCAUGGACCGAGGGGCUUGCGGGAAGAUGGUGGCCGGCUACUGGUUCGGCGGGGGGCUGAACGGAGUCAUCCACACCGCCGUGACUUUCUCCCUCCUCUUCUGUGACACCCACGCCACCCGGCAGUUCUUCUGCGACAUCCCUUCCCUCGUGCAGAUCUCCUGUUCCAGGCGCUCCAUCGACGAGCUAGCCAUUCUGGGCUUCAGCAUGUUCCUGGGCCUCUGCUGUUUCGUCGGCAUCAUCGUCUCGUACGUACGCAUCUUCCGGGCCGUGCUGAGGAUGCCGGCCUCCAAGGGCCGGGCCAAGGCUUUCUCCACCUGUCUGCCCCACCUCGCCAUCUUGUCUUUAUUCAUAGUGAACGGGGUCUUCAUCUACUUCAAGCCCACGUCUGACUCCCCCUUGGCCCUGGACCUGCUGUUGUCCGUGUUUUACAACGUGGUGCCCCCAGCCCUCAACCCCCUCAUCUACAUUGCUGAGACCUCGUAG